AUGCAAAAGAGAACCAUGCAAAGAAAGAGAGAAAGCAUGUACAAAAAAUUUAUACCAUCGAAGAAUGUCAAAUCUAGAGCAGGCUCUUGUGUCGAGACAAUAACCAUGAGCAGAACCCAGGGUUUGAUUGGUCAGGCGCUCGAGAAAAUUAUCAAGAUACAGCAAAUUGGACAAGAUGUCAAGGCAAACAAAGAUUUAGAGGAAGUCAGCAUGCGGCUCUCGACAGCCGAAAACUACCUCAACGCGAUAAAGCACACGGGCGGACUGCAAACGCAUGAUUUCAGCACAGAGAUGGAGACUGUUAUUGCAGUUCUUGAAGAGUGUGGAUCGCUUUUUGAGAAGCUUCCUGGCAGUUCAAUGAAACCUUCACAAAUUAGCCUCGAGCAAAUUCGUUACGAAAAGCAGCUGAAGCCUAUGCAAGGCCAUCUCGAUAAAGUGCUGCAGCAGAUCUCUUUGCGGGUGCUAGAGACCCCGGUGGGCCUUAAAGGAGGCCAUCUUGUUGACCUCAGUAUCCUUAAUGAGACCAAUGCAAGGAUAGAGCCAAUCUUUCAGAAAAACUUGGUACUCGUGGACUUCUUAAAGAAGGAGGGUAAGAUUGGUGGAAAAGGUUUAAAUGGAACCAUUGCGCUUGACCCGGCCAGAUUCGAGGCAUUCAAAAUCAAUGUCUCACAGCAAUUGGCAUCACAGGCGCCUGGUAGUGAGAACGUCACAAGAGAGUACACGAGAGCCAUUAUCCAGGAUAAUAUUGCUGGAGAUAAUAUGAAAAAUUUCUUUGGUAACAUUGGGUUUGAAGCUGACUACAAAGCUUCAUAUACGGGCACUUCAAGAUUCGUCGGUAACAAGAUGGGUGACAAUGCAGCCUUAUUUACUGGGGACAUUGGAGGCCAGGCCGCUGUGGAAAUGAUGAAAGAUAUGUUCAAAAGAUAA